AAAGAAAAACCCUAAUGGCCUUUCUGGUUCUACUCUUCUUCAUCGCCGUAACCGUAUGGGUUCCGUCGACGGUCGUCGCCGGUGACCUUCCGGUGUUUAGAGAAGCGCCGGCAUUCCGAAACGGUCGAGAAUGUCUCCGUACGACGAAGCCAUCCGUCAUCCACAUCGCCAUGACUUUAGACGGUACGUACCUUCGGGGAUCGGUGGCCGGAGUGUUUUCAGUACUUCAGCACUCAUCCUGCCCGGAAAACAUCGUGUUCCAUUUCAUCGUCACUCACCGGCGGUUAGAGCUUCGGCGUAUUAUCACCACCACAUUCCCCUACCUGAACUUCUAUCUCUACCAUUUCGAUUCAAAUCUGGUAAGAGGAAAAAUCACCUACUCCAUUCGACGAGCUUUAGAUCAGCCGCUGAAUUACGCGAGAAUGUAUCUAGCGGACCUAUUACCAACCACCGUCGGAAGAAUCAUCUACUUCGAUUCAGAUCUGGUGGUGGUGGACGAUGUAGCGAAGCUUUGGAAAAUCAAUUUGGGGAAUCACGUGCUGGGAGCGCCGGAGUAUUGCCAUGCAAAUUUCACGAAUUACUUCACCCCGAAAUUCUGGUUGAAUUCGGAACACGCGGCGGCGUUCAAGGGGCGGAAAGCGUGCUAUUUCAACACAGGGGUGAUGGUUAUCGAUUUGGAGAAAUGGAGGGAAGGGAAGUACACGGAAAGGUUGGAGAAAUGGAUGAGGAUUCAGAAGAGGAACAGAAUUUAUGAGUUGGGAUCGCUGCCUCCAUUUUUGCUCGUUUUUGCUGGCGAUGUGGAAGGAGUAGCGCACCGGUGGAACCAACAUGGGCUGGGCGGGGAUAAUCUGAAAGGGGUUUGUAGGAAUCUUCAUCCUGGUCCAGCCAGUCUACUCCAUUGGAGUGGGAAGGGGAAGCCAUGGCUCAGAUUGGAUGCCAAGAAGCCAUGUCCACUCGACAGCUUAUGGGCUCCUUACGAUCUUUCUCGUCAUUCCUCUCUGUUUUCUGAUAAUUGAAGUCGCCGGAGGAAGCUCUGCCGCCGGUGACGGCUCAUUAAGCUGAGCUCAUGGUUCAACCGUGGGGCGCGUCGGCCUGUUGGGUUGGUUGUAUUUUGGGCUGGGCUACAGCCUGCAACAUUGUAAAAACGGAUUCCUUUUUUCUUUUAUUUUUAGACAAAAUGAUUUUUUAGGUUCAAACGAUCUCUGUGAUGUGAUGUAGAUUGAAUCAGUGACUGCAAUCAUAUGCUUUCUUUUAAUCCAACUCAUGAAAUUAGUGAGUGAA